AUGAGUACACAUUCUCAAAGCAAUGGCGAAAGUAUUAGCAUUGUUGAUGGAGAUGAGGCAUUAAAAUCUCAAGGAGGCGUGGAUGUUACUGAAGAUAAAUUGGUUUCAAUUAGUUCUGUCAGCUCUUCAGCCGAUGAUCGAAGUGUCGGAAAUAGUACUGAUGAAGAUGUUCAAGACAAUGCUGACUUGGAAGAGCGCGAAGAAUUGUUGGCUACUGGUGAUGAGCUUCAAGAGACUGAUGUGGAAUUGAUUGAUUCUGGUAAUGAAGUUUCUCUGUUAGAUGAGAAACAUGAGGCUGCCCGUGGACGAGCUAUUUCUCGACUUAUUGGAUUUAGUUUGGUUUUGAUCAUUGUGCCGUUAACUGCGAUGUACUUGUCAUAUCGAUUUAUUUUUACUGGUAGUUUUUAUAAAAAGAUUAUUUUUAUUAUCUUGUUAACGGGUAUUUAA